CCUCAGGUGGGGGGGUCCCCUCAGGUGAGGGGGGUCCGCAGGUGAAGGGGGUCCCUCAGGGGAAAGGGGGUUCGCAGGUGCCCCCCCCCCGCCCCUCCCGGGGACCCCCGCCAUGGACGGCCCGGCCCUGCCCAUCCGCCGCUCCCGCCGCGAGCUGGUGGAGGCCGUGAGGGAGCGGCCCUUCCUCAUCGUCACCGGCGAGACGGGCAGCGGCAAGAGCACGCAGCUGCCCAGGUACCUCUUCGAGGCAGGCCUGGCCGAGCACGGGGCCAUCGGUGUCACCCAGCCCCGGCGCGUGGCCACCAUGUCGGUGGCGCAGCGGGUGGCCGAGGAGAUGGGCUGUGCCCUGGGCACUCGCGUGGGCUACCAGGUCCGCUUCGACGACUGCACCUCCGAGGACACUGCCAUCAGGUAUAUGACUGAUGGCUGCCUGUUGAGGCAGAUCCUGACAGACCCCCUCCUCAGCAAGUACAGCAUCAUCAUUUUGGAUGAAGCCCACGAGCGGAGCCUCAGCACUGAUAUCUUAUUUGGUUUGCUGAAGAAACUCUUCCUGCAGAAGAAACCCCCCGGCAGGAAGGCGGAGAUGAAGGUGGUGGUGAUGUCGGCCACCCUGGAGGUGGACAAGCUCUCCGAGUUCUUCGGGCACUGCUCGGUGCUGCACAUUCCAGGGAGGAGUUACCCUGUCAAGGAGAUCUUCUGUAACCUGCUGAGCCCCAGGGACGUGGGCAGCUCUGCCUAUGUCACAGAGGCUGUAAAAGUCACCCUGGAUGUCCAUCUGAAUGAACCAGAAGGCGACAUCUUGGUCUUCCUGACAGGUCAAAUUGAGAUAGAAAAAGCCUGUGACCUGCUCUUCAAGAAAGCAGAGUCCAUCGAUUACCGCUACGAGGUGCACGAUCGGGCCGUGGAGGGAUUGCUUAUCCUGCCUCUGUAUGGCUCAAUGUCCACAGAUCAACAGAAAAGGAUAUUUUUGCCAGCUCCUCCAGGCAUUAGGAAAUGUGUGGUGUCCACAAACAUUGCUGCAACAUCUCUGACCAUCGAAGGAGUCAGGUACGUGGUGGACAGCGGGUUCGUGAAGCAGCUGAAUCACAACCCCCGAGUUGGUUUGGACAUCCUGGAGGUGGUUCCCAUUUCCAAGAGCGAGGCGAAGCAGCGAGCGGGCCGAGCCGGCAGGACCUCGUCCGGGAAGAGCUACCGGCUGUACAGCAGGGAGUUCUGGGAGCAGUGCAUGCCUGACCACACCGUGCCAGAGAUCAGGAGGACCAGCCUGACAUCUGUCAUCCUGACCUUGAAGUGCCUCUCCGUGCAUGAUGUCAUCAGGUUUCCCUAUUUGGACCCCCCUGAAGAAAGACACAUUUUAGAAGCUCUGAAGGAACUUUACCAGUGCAGUGCUAUUGACAGGAGAGGCCACGUGACAAGACUGGGAGAAUUCCUGGUGCAGUUUCCCCUCCCUCCCAACCUGAGCUGUGCUGUCAUAAAAGCUGCUUCCCUGGACUGCGAGGAUCUCCUGCUCCCCAUCGCGGCCAUGCUGUCCGUGGAAAACGUCUUCAUCCGCCCAGGUGAUCCUCAGAAGCAAAAGGAGGCUGAGCUUCAACACCAGGAACUUUCCUCACAAGUGGGAGGAUGCAAUGACUUUGCAACCCUCUUAAAUAUUUUUGAACAGUGCAAAGCAAGCCAGCGUCCCUCAGCCUGGUGCCAGAGACACUGGAUCCACUGGAGGGCUUUAAAAUCUGCUUUUAGUGUGGAAAAACAGCUCCGGGAAAUAACCAGUAAACUGAAAGAGCUACCAGACUUCCCCAAAGAGACAUUUGAAGGCUCCAGGACUGAAAUCCUGAGGAGAUGCCUGUGUGCAGGAUACUUCAUCAACGUAGCUCGCAGAUCUGCAGCCAGGACCUUCUGCACAAUGGACGGACACGGCAGCAUCGUCUACAUCCACCCCUCAUCCACACUCUACAACCAGGAGACCCUGCUGGAGUGGAUCAUCUUCCACGACGUCACCGUGACGUCCAAGAUCUACGUGCGGACGGUGUGCCCCGUGCGCUACGAGUGGCUCAAGGAGCUGCUGCCCCGGCUGCACCAGAUCGACGCCUACGAACUGAGCAGCGUGGCCAGGGAGGAGGUGACAGAGGAGGAGAUCACCAGGUGGAAGCAGAAGGAGGACCUGAAGAGGCAGUUUGAAGGAGCCACAGCCAGCUCUGCCAAGAAGCUGGAGAGGAGGAACGAUGAUCAGUCCAUCCUGGACGCCAGAGCCCGUUACCUGGAGAGGAAGCAGCAAAGAGCUCGGGGUUUGGGUGGCCCAGUGAAAGAGCUGGGGUGAUUGUGGUGCCACUCCACUCCCACGGCAGGGAGGGUGCUUUGAGCAGCUCUGGGGGUGUUUGCAAGGUGCAAAGUGACUCCCAGAAUGGAGGGAAACUUCUGCUUUGUGGUUACUGGAGGGCAGGAGAGCAAAACACAACCUGCCCUCGCUGCAGCCAGCAAGGGAAAAGCGACCGAGGUGGAUUUUGUUGCUGCAUGUCACUGGCAACAGUUUACUGUGGUGCCAAUUCUGUGGCAUUUCAUUGACUUAGAAAGGCCUCAGUGCCGAUAUAAAUAAAAUUUUCUUAAAGAU